AUGUCCUGCGCAGACCCCGGCCUGCUACUCGAGAACUGUCCCGCCAUCAACCUAUGUCAUGAUGAGACGCCUGACUCGCCAGGCCUCCUGCGACAAUGCCCAAAGAGUGAGACGAAAUGGUUCUGCCUGAGGCCGGACGUCUGGGAAGACAACUGUGUCAACGCCAGUCUGUGGCUGGCGGCCGGCUACGUAGACGAUGGGCGCAACGGCAACCUCAGCGGGAUUCUACUGGCUCACGAACUCGAGGUGAGCCAGAACGGUACCGUCGACGAGCAGGUACCAGUAGCCACUCCAAACAACAGCAAUCACGAUAACACCAUCGCCGUCGGGGCCAGUUUGGGCGCGCUAUUGCUGGCGGCAGCGGCAGCAGCAGUCUUCUUUUGGCGGCGAUGGAAGGCCGUCCUGCACGAGCUGGACGUCAUCUGGCAAGAGUUAGAGACGACUUCACCACCAGACAUCAAUGAUCGGCGCCAGAGCCUGAAGCGAGUACCUUCUGUUGCCGAGGUCGCCUUUCCAGACGAUAGGUCCGAACUGCCGCAGACUGGGCCUUGUUCGGGAUUAGAGAUCCACGAGGCUGACGCGGGGCAGGUCUUCGAGGUCCAUGGUACGAGCAAAUAUAUGCCUUCGACGAGAGCAACAUCACUUCUUAGGUUACCAUCCACUGUGGCUUCGUCUCCCAGAACCAUGCCUCGGUAG